AUGUCUCAUGGCUGGGGAUAUGGACCAUCUGACGGUGAGGCAUUCAGUAUCAUCUGAUGCUGACUCCACUUUUGGAACUACUAGUUGAAACUGUAAAUUGCAACAGUUGCAUGAUUUUGUUGCAUGGAAGAGUAUCUCAAUACAUUUCUUAUCGUAAAUAAAUAACUGCUGUAAAUAAGUGUUAAUAUUUUCUGGUGUGUUACUGUUAAUAAAUGCAUAAUUAGCCCUACAUUGUUAGGUUAUUAUCAUACAUUUAUGAAUGUAUCUGUGAGAACACAUAAUUGGACUGUUUAGAAUAGAGUGAAUGAUACAUUUGUAUGUUUCCUCUGUUUGACUUUGUCCUCUGUUUUUUCUACCAUAGGACCUGACAAGUGGUUUAAGGGCUUCCCCAUUGCUAAUGGACCCAGGCAGUCUCCUAUUAAUAUUAUUACUGGCCAAGCAUCCUACGAUUCUGCUCUGAAGCCCCUCAAUCUGAAGUAUGACCCAUCCAACUCCACAGACAUUCUGAACAAUGGCCAUUCCUUCCAAGUUGGCUUUUUGGAUGAUACUGACAGUUCAAGUAAGCCUUAGAAUUAAUAUAAUAAUCAUAUACAUUACAUUAUUAUCUCAAUGUCUCACUUCACAAAAUAUGACCUUCAUUUUUUAUACAAGUUAAAUUCUGAUGGGUUCUGAGGGGGGGAUUCAGUAAGGUGAAAAGUGGAAUAGUAAAGGGAAGUGGCAACAAGAGAAUGAGGGUUGCUGCAAACUGGUUACAUAUUAACUUAUAGUGGCUGUGCGACAAACAAAUAUCAAACACAGUGGUGAAUUAAUUUCCUGGAUGCAAUGUCUUUGUCCAUUGUGCAAAUAGGCUGCUGUGCAGUAGAUAAUAUUGACAGGUGACUUGAGAGCAGGCAGGUGUUCAUUAUCUAUAAAGGUUUGAAAAGACGUCAGUUGUCGGGUUGUUGUCUAUUGUUGUAGUGCCGGGAAGCAAGCACACCUGUCUGCAGACUAGAUUAUUCAAAAUGAAUGUUUCCUACCCUACCUUAUCGUUACUUUAUGGUAGUGUAUUUUACGAUCAUGAUAAUCAUUUAUGAAGUAAGCAUAUUGCGGUAAUGCUUCCCAACGUGUUCCUUUUCCUUUUGAGUUGUUAGGGACCAUAUCAGCAGGCGAAUGUCCCUGCACUUACAAUGCCUUAAAGCAAUACAAAUGCAACCGCCUGUAACUGUAGGAGAUGACUAGUAAUCAUCUGUCAUUUGUCUGCAUUUGGACACAAAAUUUGAAGAGCAACAUAAAAAAUGUGUGUGUGUGUGUGUGUGUGUGUCUGUGUGUGUGCGUGCAUGCGUUCCUGCUCACAGCAAUGACCGGAGGCCCCAUCACCGGCACAUACAGGCUGAAGCAGUUCCACUUCCACUGGGGAGCCAGUGAUUACAGGGGCUCUGAGCACACCGUCAAUAGAAUCAAGUUCCCAUGUGAGGUAGGCUGUUCUAUACCUAUAUUUUACAACAGGACAAGCUGUAUGGCUUCAGAUCAGUAUUUUGAUUGGCUACCUGAGCUAAACCUGACAUAUCUUCUUUCUGUUUUUAAAGCUCCAUCUUGUGCACUGGAACACCAAGUAUCCCAGCUUUGGUGAAGCUGUUAGCCAACCUGAUGGUCUUGCUGUAGUUGGAGUGUUUCUGAAGGUACAGAUCUAAUACGAUUUAUAUGUUUGAAUUAGUUAAUAUGCUUUUUAUGUUUCCUUCUAAUUUAAUUUAAGUAGCCUAAUUCCCUUGUUUGACUGUGUGAAUUCUUGUUUCCUAUAGAUUGGUGCUGCAAACCCCAGACUACAAAAGGUUCUGGAUGCUCUGGAGGCCAUCAAAUCAAAGGUGAAAUCAAAAUGGACUGCUACUCAAAUUUAGCUGUAGUGGGAAUUGGAUGGGAAUGUUGAAGUAAGACUUUGUUUAAACAUUAUGUAUACAUCACAAUGUUUGUCUUCUAUAGGGGAAGCAAACUACAUUUUCCAACUUUGACGCCCAAACUCUGCUGCCUGACUCACUGGACUACUGGACAUACAAUGGCUCCCUGACCACUCCCCCUCUGCUGGAGAGUGUCACCUGGAUCAUCCUGAAGGAAUCAAUCAGUGUCAGCCGUACCCAGGUACAGUAAUUUUACACAGCACCUUCAUUGUCAGAGAAGUUUUAGCCAUUCACUUAAAACAGGGAGGGUCAAGACUUGCCCGCUAUCACUUUAGAUUACAUUACCUGAGUGGCCCAUAGUGCUUAUUUAGUAACAUAUUUGAGUAGCCCACCAUCUAUGAAAGUAGCCUACACCCAUAUUAAUAUGCCAAGCAUGUAAUGCUUAAUGUAGUAAAGGUAUGUUAUUUCCUUAUAUCAUGGCCUAAAUAAGUCAUUGUUGCUCCAUGUGGUCUUAGAACUUCCAAAGUAUGUCUGUAAAUAAUUUACAAAGACAAUCUGUCUUCCUACCAUGAAAUAACAAACAUAUUAUCUGCUACAGUACACAGAUACUGUAAGCUACUGUACACAGCAGACACCUCCCCAAUUAUUAGACAUUAAACAGUGGACUGUUUCUUUUAUACUGUUUUUCACAUUGUGUAUUCAUAUACUGUAUUCUUCACAUAGUUCAUUCUAAUAUACUUACUACUGUACAUUGCAUUUUGUUACACUGUUUAUUUAUACACUGUAUUCUCGGCAUAGCUCAUUAUAAUAUACAGUAUCUACUGCUGUACUUAUCAUUCUUAGUAUAUGUUUUUGGUGUAUACAAGUAUAUGUACAGUGGGGAGAACAAGUAUUUGAUACACUGCCGAUUUUGCAGAUUUUCCUACUUACAAAGCAUGUAGAGGUCUGUCAUUUUUAUCAUAGGUACACUUCAACUAUGAGAGACGGAAUCUAAAACAAAAAUCCAGAAAAUCACACUGUAUGAUUUUUACGUAAUGAAUUUGCAUUUUAUUGCAUGACAUAAGUAUUUGAUCACCUACCAACCAGUAAGAAUUCUGGCUCUCACAGACCUGUUAGUUUUUCUUUAAGAAGCCCUCCUGUUCUCCACUCAUUACCUGUAUUAACUGCACCUGUUUGAACUCGUUACCUGUAUAAAAGACACCUGUCCACACACUCAAUCAAACAGACUCCAACCUCUCCACAAUGGCCAAGACCAGAGAGCUGUGUAAGGACAUCAGGGAUACAAUUGUAGACCUGCACAAGGCUGGGAUGGGCUACAGGACAAUAGGCAAGCAGCUUGGUGAGAAGGCAACAACUGUUGGCGCAAUUAUUAGAAAAUGGAAGAAGUUCAAGAUGACGGUCAAUCACCCUCGGUCUGGGGGUCCAUGCAAGAUCUCACCUCGUGGGGCAUCAAUGAUCAUGUGGAAGGUGAGGGAUCAGCCCAGAACUACACGGCAGGACCUGGUCAAUGACAUGAAGAGAGCUGGGACCACAGUCUCAAAGAAAACCAGUAGUAACACACUACGCCGUCAUGGAUUAAAAUCCUGCAGCCCACGCAAGGUCCGCCUGCUCAAGCCAGCGCAUGUCCAGGCCCGUCUGAAGUUUGCCAAUGACCAUCUGGAUGAUCCAGAGGAGGAAUGGGAAAAGGUCAUGUGGUCUGAUGAGACAAAAAUUGAGCUUUUUGGUCUAAACUCCACUCGCCGUGUUUGGAGGAAGAAGAAGGAUGAGUACAACCCCAAGAACACCAUCCCAACCGUGAAGCAUGGAGGUGGAAACAUCAUUCUUUGGGGAUGCUUUUCUGCAAAGGGGACAGGACGACUGCACCGUAUUGAGGGGAGGAUGGAUGGUGCCAUGUAUUGCGAGAUCUUGGCCAACAACCUUCUUCCCUCAGUAUGAGUAUUGAAGAUGGGUCGUGGCUGGGUCUUCCAGCAUGACAACAACCCGAAACACACAGCCAGGGCAACUAAGGAGUGGCUCCGUAAGAAGCAUCUCAAGGUCCUGGAGUGGCCUAGCCAGUCUCCAGACCUGAACCCAAUAGAAAAUCUUUGGAGGGAGCUGAAAGUCCGUAUUGCCCAGCGACAGCCCCGAAACCUGAAGGAUCUGGAGAAGGUCUGUAUGGAGGAGUGGGCCAAAAUCCCUGCUGCAGUGUGUGCAAACCUGGUCAAGACCUACAGGAAACAUAUGAUCUCUGUAAUUGCAAACAAAGGUUUCUGUACCAAAUAUUAAGUUCUGCUUUUCUGAUGUAUCAAAUACUUACAGUGGGGAAAAAAAGUAUUUAGUCAGCCACCAAUUGUGCAAGUUCUCCCACUUAAAAAGAUGAGAGAGGCCUGUAAUUUUCAUCAUAGGUACACGUCAACUAUGACAGACAAAUUGAGAUUUUUUUUCUCCAGAAAAUCACAUUGUAGGAUUUUUUAUGAAUGUAUUUGCAAAUUAUGGUGGAAAAUAAGUAUUUGGUCACCUACAAACAAGCAAUAUUUCUGGCUCUCACAGACCUGUAACUUCUUCUUUAAGAGGCUCCUCUGUCCUCCACUCGUUACCUGUAUUAAUGGCACCUGUUUGAACUUGUUAUCAGUGUAAAAGACACCUGUCCACAACCUCAAACAGUCACACUCCAAACUCCACUAUGGCCAAGACCAAAGAGCUGUCAAAGGACACCAGAAACAAAAUUGUAGACCUGCACCAGGCUGGGAAGAUUAAAUCUGCAAUAGGUAAGCAGCUUGGUUUGAAGAAAUCAACUGUGGGAGCAAUUAUUAGGAAAUGGAAGACAUACAAGACCACUGAUAAUCUCCCUCGAUCUGGGGCUCCACGCAAGAUCUCACCCCGUGGGGUCAAAAUGAUCACAAGAACGGUGAGCAAAAAUCCCAGAACCACACGGGGGGACCUAGUGAAUGACCUGCAGAGAGCUGGGACCAAAGUAACAAAGCCUACCAUCAGUAACACACCAGGGACUCAAAUCCUGCAGUGCCAGACGUGUCCCCCUGCUUAAGUCAGUACAUGUCCAGGCCCGUCUGAAGUUUGCUAGAGUGCAUUUGGAUGAUCCAGAAGAGGAUUGGGAGAAUGUCAUAUGGUCAGAUGAAACCAAAAUAUAACUUUUUGGUAAAAACUCAACUCGUCGUGUUUGGAGGACAAAGAAUGCUGAGUUGUAUCCAAAGAACACCAUACCUACUGUGAAGCAUGGGGGUGGAAACAUCAUGCUUUGGGGCUGUUUUUCUGCAAAGGGACCAGGACGACUGAUCCGUGUAAAGGAAAGAAUUAAUGGGGCCAUGUAUCGUGAGAUUUUGAGUGAAAACCUCCUUCCAUCAGCAAGGGCAUUGAAGAUGAAACGUGGCUGGGUCUUUCAGCAUGAUAAUGAUCCCAAACACACCGACCGGGCAACGAAGGAGUGGCUUCGUAAGAAGCAUUUCAAGGUCCUGGAGUGGCCUAGCCAGUCUCCAGAUCUCAACCCCAUAGAAAAUCUUUGGAGGAAGUUGAAAGUCCGUGUUGCCCUGCGACAGCCCCAAAACAUCACUGCUCUAGAGGAGAUCUGCAUGGAGGAAUGGGCCAAAAUACCAGCAACAGUGUGUGAAAACCUUGUGAAGACUUACAUAAAAAGUUUGACCUGUGUCAUUGCCAACAAAGGGUAUAUAACAAAGUAUUGAGAAACUUUUGUUAUUGACCAAAUACUUAUUUUCCACCAUAGUUUGCAAAUAAAUUCAUAAAAAAUCCUACAAUGUGAUUUUCUGGAUUUUUUUUUCUCAUUUUGUCUGUCAUAGUUGACGUGUACCUAUGAUGAAAAUUACAGGCCUCUCUCAUCUUUUUAAGUGGGAGAACUUGCACAAUUGGUGGCUGACUAAAUACUUUUUUUCCCCACUGUAAGUAUUUGAUACAUCAGAAAAGCAGAACUUAAUAUUUGGUACAGAAACCUUUGUUUGCAAUUACAGAGAUCAUAUGUUUCCUGUAGGUCUUGACCAGGUUUGCACACACUGCAGCAGGGAUUUUGGCCCACUCCUCCAUACAGACCUUCUCCAGAUCCUUCAGGUUUCGGGGCUGUCGCUGGGCAAUACGGACUUUCAGCUCCCUCCAAAGAUUUUCUAUUGGGUUCAGGUCUGGAGACUGGCUAGGCCACUCCAGGACCUUGAGAUGCUUCUUACGGAGCCACUCCUUAGUUGCCCUGGCUGUGUGUUUCAGGUCGUUGUCAUGCUGGAAGACCCAGCCACGACCCAUCUUCAAUGCUCUUACUGAGGGAAGGAGGAUGUUGGCCAAGAUCUCGCAAUACAUGGCCCCAUCCAUCCUCCCCUCAAUACGGUGCAGUCGUCCUGUCCCCUUUGCAGAAAAGCAUCCCCAAAGAAUGAUGUUUCCACCUCCAUGCUUCACGGUUGGGAUGGUGUUCUUGGGGUUGUACUCAUCCUUCUUCUUCCUCCAACCACGGCGAGUGGAGUUUAGACCAAAAAGCUCUAUUUUUGUCUCAUCAGACCACAUGACCUUCUCCUAUUCCUCCUCUGGAUCAUCCAGAUGGUCAUUGGCAAACUUCAGACGGGCCUGGACAUGCGCUGGCUUGAGCAGGGGGACCUUGCGUGCGCUGCAGGAUUUUAAUCCAUGACGGCGUAGUGUGUUACUAAUGUUUUUUUUUGAGACUGUGGUCCCAGCUCUCUUCAGGUCAUUUACCAGGUCCUGCCGUGUAGUUCUGGGCUGAUCCCCCUUCCUCAUGAUCAUUGAUGCCCCAGGAGGUGAGAUCUUGCAUGGAGCCCCAGACCGAGGGUGAUUGACCGUCAUCUUGAACUUCUUCCAUUUUCUAAUAAUUGCGCCAACAGUUGUUGCCUUCUCACCAAGCUGCUUGCCUAUUAUCCUGUAGCCAAUCCCAGCCUUGUGCAGGUCAACAAUUUUAUCCCUGAUGUCCUUACACAGCUCUCUGGUCUUGGCCAUUGUGGAGAGGUUGGAGUCUGUUUGAUUGAGUCUGUGGACAGGUGUCUUUUAUACAGGUAACGAGUUCAAACAGGUGCAGUUAAUACAGGUAAUGAGUGGAGAACAGGAGGGCUUCUUAAAGAAAAACUAACAGGUCUGUGAGAGCCGGAAUUCUUACUGGUUGGUAGGUGGUCAAAUACUUAUGUGUACCUAUGAUAAAAAUUACAGACCUCUACAUGCUUUGUAAGUAGGAAAACCUGCAAAAUCGGCAGUGUAUCAAAUACUUGUUCUCCCCACUGUAUGUGCAUAGAUUGCAUUUGGAUUACUGAUAGUGUUAUUUGGGUUGUUAACUGAAUUCAUUCUGAUUUCUUUGUGAUUUCUUAUUUCAAGUUUUUGAUUAUUAUUUGUGUACAUGUUUGACAUUUUUGCUGCACUGUUAGAAGCUAGUAACACAAGCAUUUCACUGCACCCGCUAUAACAUCUGCUAAACUGUGUACGCCACCAAUAAAGUUUGAUUUGAUUUAUUAUUGAAGCUCCAUGCUGAGCCUUUGGGAUAUCAAAUCCCGAAGUCCAAUUUCACCAGCUAGCGUUUAAAUGGGUCCCCAGGGAGACUUGUUUACUGAAAGCUCAAAAAGCUGCAGUCAAAAGCACUGUCUCACAUAUGUCAUCAUGAAGAUAGUGUCAAUUUAGGGAGGGCUACAUUCAGCCAUAUGCAUUGCUGAGAUAAAGUUAAGCUGUAGUGCAAGGCAGCAAUAACUUGGGUGGAGAGAGUUUUACAGUUCUGACAGAGUACUGAUGCAAUGUUGUGUUGGAAAAAGCCUUUCACCUACAUACAGUAGGACGGUCUAGGACCCAUGCCAAAAGAGUGUGAGAAUACAGUAUAAAUGAAAUGAAUGCACUUUCAGAAGUGUUUGGUGAUUUCAGAUGUCACUGUAAAUGAGAGCAAGUUGAACCGUGUGUCAAUUGAUACUGUCUACACCUACAUUUUGAACUUUUACUAGGAAAUGAGACUGUACAGACUCUGCAGCCGGUCAUGGUCAUGGUAUGCAUAGUAAUAGCAAUUUAGUGAAGACAUUUUCAUGCUUAUAGUAACACAAAUGUACACUCUCUAUGCUUACUUGCUUAUGGCUGUCCAUUGAUGUCGAUGAUUACUUUGAUUCCAAUUGUGGGCAUUGUGGGAUUUGCGCUAAUACCAUUGCAUAUGGCUGUGCAGGCCAAUGCGAGACCCACAUGGUUUGCCACAUGAGGUUUAGGUUCCCCUGCUGCAUGCUGGUGUCGUUGCGCACACUGUUCUAUUCUCCUCUCUGUGAUUGUGUCCUGUACUCUUUAUACUCAAUACACUCUACAUUGUGAUCAGUUAGACUUCCAUAGGAACAUUGGUACUCAUUUGGUAUUGUUUCAGGGAUUAUAUGAUCUAAAUAUAGGAAAUCGUUUUUGGAGAGCAGUAAGCCACAGCCACCACUUUAGCAUGAGCCAAAGGCCGCAGUGUUGACAUUCUGAUUCUAACCAUUGUAUCUCUCUCUCUCUCUCUCUCUCUCUCUCUCUCUCUCUCUCUCUCGACAGAUGGGUCAAUUCCGCAGCUUGAAGUUCAGUGGGGACGGAGAGGAACAUUACUGCAUGCAGGACAACUACAGACCCCCUCAGCCUCUCAAGGGACGCAAGGUCCGCCGGUCCUUCAAGUAA